AUGAUAUCCCCGAAUGUUCUUAUAUUCGGUGUUGGAAGUAUUGGGGCUGUCUACCUCUAUCAACUGCAGCAAGCUGGGUGCAGCGUAACUGCAGUCUGCCGCUCGAAUUAUGAGGCGGUCAAGAACAACGGUUUCAUGCUGAAAAGCCUGAAAUUUGGUAAUCAGAAGUACAAACCUGACAUCGUAGUGCAAAGUGUCGCAGAAUGCCCUAGAGAAAAGGUCUACGACUUUGUCCUAGUGUGUACAAAGUCGUUCCCCAGCAGCGAUCCUUCAUUGGCCGAUAUGAUCAGGCCCGCUGUGGUGGGUCGACCGCAGACUGCAAUUGUACUCGCGCAGAAUGGAAUUGAUAUCGAGAAACAGAUCGCCGACGAAUUUCCGGACAAUCCCAUCUUGAGCGGUGUGGUUUAUCUUCCCGCCACCCAGACAGCUCAGGGCACUAUCGAGUAUUCAGAAAUGUUAAAUUUACUUGAGAUUGGUACCUAUCCAUCCAAUGCACCACCAUCCCACAAAUCCGCUGCUGCAAAGAUGGCAGAGCUGAUGAUCAAAGGGGGAGGCGGGGCGGAAGUUCAUGAAGACAUACAAAUAUCCCGUUGGACGAAACUGCUGAUGAACGCGGCCUGGAAUCCCAUCUGUGCGCUGACCCUAUGCACAGACGGAGAUUUCCUGACGACCUCGACCCCCUUUGCAUAUGAAUUGGUGUGGGAGAUCAUGUUGGAAAUCAUUGCACUUGCAGGCAAAAUUGGCAUCCCAGGAGUUACCACUCAGGAAGCAGAGAAGAGGCUGGGAAUAGCGAAAAUGAGGGCGGAGUCUGGAACGGGACGCCAAGUGAGUAUGCUGCAGGACGUGAAACAAGGCAGGUCGUUUGAAGUUGAGGCAAUCGUUGGAAACACUGUACGGUUGGGCCGCGACUUCAACAUGCAUAUGCCUCGACUAGAGACUAUCUAUGCCCUGCUGAAAGCGAGACACUUUGCUUUGGAAAAAGAUGGAAGGUGA